AUGUCCAGAUUGUUUGAAGAUGUCGGGCACGGCCACGCAAAAUACAGUGCAUUGUUGAUGCUCGCAGCUGUUGGCUUGGCCCUUGUUACUAUUCUCAGUCUGUGGAAGUUUAAACAGUUUAAAUAUAGGCUCACUGAAAAUGGAGGUGCGAUGUUUAACGGCAUGCUGGUGGGGUUGGUAGUGAGAUGCUUGCCAUUAGACCAGGGAGAUAAGAGGGGAUACAGCGAGUGGGCUAAGCAUGCAGCGGGGGCGCCGGUGGUGAGGGGUCAGGCUGGAGGAUGUGCCCAUUAUGAGGCUCUGGAUCCAGUCACAGAGGGUGAUCUUGAAGCCCAGGAGACCUUUGAUCCCGAGGUCCUGUUCAAUCUGUUCCUGCCGCCCAUCAUCUUCCAUGGAGCUCACACCCUCAAUCAGCCACGCGUGGUCCUGAACGACGCCGUGGCCAUCGCGCUGACGCAAGCCAUCACCACCAACAGCCAGAUGGGUGCAGGACACAUCUUCACGGCCUUCUUCCUCUCUGUUGGUUAUUUUCUUGGAUUGCUUGGCAGCUCCUCGCUCUUUUGUUUCAUAUUCACAGUCAUAACAGCCCUCCUCAUCAAAUUCACUCGGCUAUAUGAGAAUCCACUGCUGGAAGCAUCCGUCUUCUUCCUGCUGUCCUAGAAGAGCUUCCUCUCAGCUGAAGCCAGCGGACUUUCAGGUGAGCCUAUUGUGACGGUGCUGUUUUGUGGCUUGAUCCAGGCAAGGUACACGAUUCACAAUUGAUCCUCCGAGGACAGGACCAGGACCAGGACCAGACAGCUCUUUGAAGUCUUCAAAUUCCUGGGGGAGAUUUUCAUCUUCAGCUACAUGGGAUGUGUGUUGUUGACGUUUCCCCACUAUGUCUUUAAGGCUCUCUUCAUUACUGGGGCAUUUAUCUCCAUCUUUGUAUCCAGAGCCUGUCACAUCUAACUCUUUUCAUUUCUCUUAAACCUGAGACCAACAACCAAGGCGCCUCGCUCCUUCCAGCACUUCACGAUGUUUGCAGGUUUCAGGGGGUCUGUGGCGUUCAGCCUGGUAAUAAGAGACACCUCCCCAGAAGUGAGGAGCACCAUCCUCACCACCACUCUGCUGCUGGUCGGCUCCUCCAUCUGGGUGCUGGGCCCCGCUGCUGAACAUCAGCUGCAUGAGGUAGAUAUUCAUAUUGGUGUGGAUGCAGAUCAAAAUCCAGAGGACCUUUCUCUUGAGAUAAAAGCCCGGAUGCCAGACACAUCAGGAGGCCUGUGGCACCGUCUGGACUACCGAUAUCUAAAGCCGCUGCCGACGCAUUGUGGCCCGCCCCUCGCCGACUCACUGCCACAGUGCUGUGGGGUACUUGCCAGACUCCAUGUCCAGGAGGACGGAGGGCAGCGGUGUGAGCGCGAGCCUUAGAGUCGGGAAACCCGGAGAACCCGGCUUGGAUCUAUAGAGGGUGACUCUGGAUCAGCACAUCAGGAAGACCUGCUGGAGGGAGACCUGGGACUUGGCACUGCUUCUGCUCUCUGGGGGGGUCUGACCCUCCAGGAGUCAUCUCCAAGCCAAGUGCAUCAGACCCUGCUUCCCUGAGGCGAAGGCCCGGCCUCCCACAGGGAAUGGGGUCACUGGCCGGGGGCGUCCGAGAGGAGCCGACCAGGAAUCGGCAUUACGGUGGCUCCAGGAAGGUCACGCUGUGCCCUUGAGCUGACCUGCAUGCAGAGACACCCUCGCAGAGGGACACAGAGGCCAUUGCUCCUCCUGUAGCUCGGCUGAUGAUUUCUUGGCUUGUUUUUGCUCCAGUUUCAAGGAAUUCAACAGCUGAAAUAGAAAGAUGCAUCCGGUCUUUAAGUGGCGCCUCAUGUUGAGCACAACCGACUGGAGGCAGAAACUGACCUGUGUGUGCUCGGUGAACUUUUCACACAGCAAGCUAACAUCUAAGUCAACACUUCUGGUUCCAUUACAGCAUGUUAAGUCACACAUUGUUGAGUGGAGCCAGUGGAGCGGCGUUCUGCUCCUUGCAUGAGGUCUGGGUUUCACGAUUCAGGAAGAAUUGCUCCCGAAUUGAAGGCUACAAAAUGUACCUUUGUCAGCUAAAAUGUUUUUGUUUUGCCAACUUUGCUCGGCUCUUUCCCAAAUUCUGAUUAAACUUUUAAUGCAU